AUGGCUUCCUUAUCCCUCUCCUCACCAGCUUCUCUCUCAUCCCUGCACCACACCGCUUCCACGCGAUUUAACCUGCACACCCCUACAUCCCUCAAACUGCGCACCCGUCCUCAUUGCUUCCGCACCGUCCGUGCCAUCACCCUCACCCAGGAAGAUCUCAAGAGACUCGCCGCCGAUAAAGCCGUGGAGUCUGUUAAGAGCGGCAUGGUUCUUGGCCUGGGCACUGGCUCCACAGCCGCAUUUGUCGUCGCGAAGCUCGGCGCGCUGCUCGCCUCCGGCGAACUGACCAACAUAGUCGGCGUUCCUACCUCCAAGCGCACGGAGGAGCAGGCUCGCUCCCUUGGCAUCCCGCUCUCCGUCCUAGACAACAAUCCCCGCCUCGAUCUCGCCAUCGACGGCGCUGACGAGGUCGACCCCGAUCUCAAUCUCGUCAAAGGCCGCGGCGGUGCACUCCUCCGCGAGAAAAUGGUGGAGGCCGCCUCUGACAAGUUCAUCGUUGUUGUGGAUGAUACUAAGCUCGUCGACGGCCUCGGCGGCAGCGGGCUCGCCAUGCCGGUGGAGGUGGUUCAGUUCUGCUGGAAGUACAAUCUGGAUCGUCUUCAGCAACUCUUCAAAGAAGAAGGAUGUGACGCAAAAUUGAGAUUGGACGAAUCUGGCAAACCCUACGUGACCGAUAAUUCCAAUUACAUCGUGGAUUUGUACUUCAAGACUCCAAUUAAGGAUUCACUUGCUGCUGGCGCUGAAAUAUCCUCUCUUGAAGGCGUCGUCGAGCAUGGAUUGUUCUUGAACAUGGCCACCUCUGUCAUUAUUGCCGGCAAAUCUGGCGUUGAAGUCAAGAACAAGUGA